AACUCCCAGUUUCUAUCUUAUGCUUGAAAAGGCUGAAAACACUAUCAUGUGGUGGAUGUAAUAACAUGAAGGAGCCCUUUUCAUCAUGGCCACCAUUGAUCGAAGAAUAUUGUAAUUACUCUGGUCUGGUACAUCUUGAUUUAAGUGACAGUAAUCUGUGGGAAUUAUCAGAUGGUAUUGCUCAGUUGUCCUCAUUGAAAACCUUAGAGCUGCGUGGAACCAACUUGGAAAGCUUACCUGCAACGAUGAAUCAACUUCUUUGUUUGACCCGUCUUGAAUUGGAAGCUUGCAGAAGACUGAAAUCAGUACCGGAGCUUCCAUCAAGUAUACAUUUCAUAGAUGCUCAUGACUGCAGUGCUUUGGAAAGCGUUGCAAAACCGAAUACUGGGUGCUCUAUGAAUCUUUGCUUCACAUUUUCUAAUUGCCUCCAACUGGUACAAACUAAUCUGUUUACAGAGAUUGUGGAAAUUCAUCCUCAUUACCAGGAUAAUAAUCAACGUUCACUUUCGUUUAAUAUGUCUCUUCCCGGAAGUGAAGUUCCUGAUUGGUUCAAUAAUCAAUGUAGGGGAUCCUCAGUAACUGUAAAGCUACCCCCAAAUUGGUUUGAUAAUGAGUUUUUGGGGUUCGCUAUAUGUGCUGUUAGUGACUUCAAGGGGCCUCAUAAUGAUGCAUCUGAUUUAUCCGCUUUAUGUCAUUGUAGCUUAAAAGGAAAUCAUGGUUUGUACGAAUUCAGUUUUACUUUGCUUGAUUGGGGUUUCUCUACUGACAGGAUCCUUGAGUCAGAUCAUAUGUUCCUGGCAUAUGUCCCAUGGUCUGAAUAUCGCUUCAUUGAAAAGGGAAAGCGGGUCAAUCAACGGUAUUUUACUGAGGCCACAUUUGAGAUUGUACUAGAAAAUAAAGUUGAAAGACAUGGUUUCAGGACAGUAAUAAACCGCCAUUGCAUCACAAGUUGUGGAGUUCGUUUGUUUCAUGGUAAUUACAUUGAUUACAUGGAAGAGCAAACUCUAAGCAUCAGCGAAACCAAAUCUCAUCAUGACAGCUGUGACGUCCUUACAGUCAGUAGGAAAGGAAAAGAGGAGGUUGCAGUGCAGUUGAAGGAGUCUCUGGCAGACCACAGCUCUGCCAGCGAGAGCAAGAAGAGGCUGGGUUCGAAGGAUCAGACGAAUUCCUACAAGCUAAGAAAGAACAUGGAGCGAAUAAGGAUACGUUCAUCCACAUUUGAUGAUGGUCUACCUUGGAGGAAAUAUGGGCAGAAGGAUAUCCUCGGUGCAUCAUAUCCAAGGGCUUACUUCAGAUGUACUCGCAAGUAUGAUCAGGGUUGCCAAGCAACCAAACAAGUCCAACAAAUCCAAGACAACCCAAAGAUGUAUGAAACGACCUAUAUUGGACAGCACACAUGCAAAAAUAUAAUCCAGGAUCCAAAGCUGAUCAUAGGUGCUGAUGCCGAGGACGUUUCUAAAUCUAUAAUAGAUGGAGGAUUUGCAGCAUUGACUGAAAGAACCAAGUUCCAAGGAACAUUGAAUUCAGAUUUGGACUUUCCAGACCUUGGAUUCGAGAAGCCUUUGUGAACCCUUGGAACAUUCUCUCAAGUCAGUUCCAUUAUUGAUUAUAAUUCCAAACUUCGGAAAAAUAAAGGCGUCUCUGAUUCAUUGAAUAGGAUAGUACAUCAGGAAUAUUGUGUUAUAAUUUGCUCUUGAGAGUUGAGCGUGUACACAUUAUUUAGUACUAGUAACUCUCUUUAAGAGCCUGGGAAACUCUGGAAGUUCUGUAGAAGAUUUGUGCCCUCCCGUUGUAGUCGCUGGGUUUUUCGCCUGCAUUCUACCCAUGAGGCCAUGAUUGCUCCCCUUUCCGGAACACUUCUAGCGGCUCCAGGUCUCCUCCUCUGCCUCCUCCACACUUGUCUCUCAGCUUUCAUACUCUUGACCAGUCUGCGAUUAUGGACAGCCUGUUACUAUGGUCUGUUACAUACUUGAGUGAGUGCAAUCUGUCGGAAUUAUCAGAUGGUUGCCCCUGUUUUCAUCGAAAACAUUAGAUCUGCGAGGAAACAACUUGGUGGAAAGCUUAAAUACUACAAUGGAUCAACUUCGUCGUUUGACACAUCUUGAAAUGGAAGGUCGCGGUACCAGAGCUUUCUUCAAGUAUAAGUUACAUGGAUGCACAUGACUGCAAAGCUUCUGCAAGUGUUGCAAAACCUAUGCUCUAUGAAUAUUUGCUUCACGUUUUCUGAUUGAACUAGUACAAACAAAUAUACCAAGAGAUUUGUGGAAACUCAUUCUGAUUACCAGGUUCUCUGUACUCUCUUUUAAAACAAACUUUUACGCAUACUAUUACAAAGAAAUGUUAACCUGGUGAUGGUUUGUUUC